AUGGCCGACCCAGGCCCAGCUAUCGCCCAUCUCCGCUCCCACCCAUGGGCCAACUCCCUGAUCUCCUCCACCGACUACACCCCAAUAGAAACCGACUCCCGCCGCCUAAAACCGACAACCGGUGAAGAUGGCUACUUCGCCCAAACCCUCAGCACACAAUCCACAAUCCCACACUGCUUAACCCUCCAACGGCGCAACAUCGAACCCGCCCCAACAGAAACCCCCGCCUGGCUCCCCGCAACAAAAGCAGAAGCCGCAGCCGCCGCGAAGCCCACCCCUGCUGCGAACCCUGCCGAUGUCAUCAUGAUCUUUGACCUGAGUAGCCCUGGGCUAUCAGGUCAUCCGUCGACUGUACAUGGCGGGAUUGUCGCGACGUUGAUUGACGAGGCUAUGUCCCUUGCUGUUGCGGCUCAUGCCAAUGCGCCCAGUGAGGGGGGCGCCGAUGGUAAUCCGCGGGGGCGGAUCUUUACUGCGCAGUUGGAUGUGCGGUAUAAAAGAAGGGUGGUUACUCCUGCUUUGCUGGUUGUGAAGGCGAGGGUUGUUGGGCGCGUUGGGAAAAAGUUCUGGGUGCGAGCGCAGGCGUUGCAGGAGGAUGAAGAAGGCGCCGGUGGUCAUUUGGAGUGGGCGAAGCGGAAGCUCGUCAAGGCUGAUGCCAUGGCCUUUUGGGUUAGGACUGAUUCGAAGCUUUGA